AUGGCUACCGCGACGAUUGGCACGUUGGCGGCGUUUGAUGUGCAAAACCAGACGUGGGAAGAGUAUUGUGAAAUACUACAUCCGUUUUUUGAGGCCAAUGCGAUUGACGAUGGAGAUAGACAGAGAGCUAUACUCAUAAGUGUCGUCGGGGCAUCGACAUACAGUCUGAUGCGUAGCCUCCUGAGCCCAGUGAAGCCGAAAGACAAGACCUACCAGCAACUUGUAAUGCUGAUGAAGAAUCACGUUGAUCCGAAGCCAAGCGAAAUAGUGCAGAGGUACAAGUUUGACUCGCGCAACCGCAAGUCUGAGGAAGCAGUGGUGGACUAUGUAGCAGAGCUGCUCCGGCUCGCACACGAUUGCAACUACGGUGACACCUUACAGCAACGGCUGAGAGAUCGGAUCGUCUGCGGAAUCAACGAUGACCGGAUCCAGAGACGUCUCCUGUCAGAAGCGGGUCUAACCUUUGAAAAAGCCCUGUCCAUUGCCAUGGCAGCGAAGGCAGCAAACAAGAAUGCUCAAGAUUUGCAACACCCGAAGGGGACGGAGAAGUGCAUGUAUGUACAGAAAGGCACACCGGAGGCUCAGACUUCCAAAGAGACUAAUAAUAAAGAGUGUUAUAGAUGUAAGGGAAGCAGACAUACAGCAGCUGAAUGUAAGUUUAAGCAGGAGAAAUGUCAUGCUUGUGGUAAAGUAGGGCAUCUUGCCAAAGCCUGUCGUAAUCAGAGUAGCAAAGGGCCUAUUGAUAAGAAAGAAAAGAAGCAGAGCUCACACCAUCGUUCUCAUAAAGUACAGGAGAACCAGAGUCAGUGUAGUGAUAGCUCAGAAGAAGACACAUACACAGAGACCUCAUACAGUAUGACUUUCAGGUUAGGAAAGAUGAGUGAGUUGCACUUGAGAAAAGUAGACCCUUACUUAGUGAAUAUGAAAGUGAAUGGUGGAGAGGUUAGCUUUGAGAUAGAUACAGGCUGCAGUCUCACGGUAGUAAAUGAACACACCUUCCAGAUGAUAUGUGAAGAGAAGAGUAGUCUAUCUCUUGAGCCCGUCAAAAUCAAGUUAGAGACUUAUACAGGCGAUCCAGUCAAGGUGAUAGGGGCAGCACAGGUGAAGGUAGUGUACCAGCAGCAAAGACAGAAGCUACCGCACAUAGUAGUGAAAGGAAAGGCUCCCAACCUGCUAGGUAGAGGCUGGUUGGAGGAGAUACAGCUCAAGUGGAAAGCAAUAAAGACCAACCACAAAGCAAGAGAGCUGAAACACAUGAAAGCGACAGAGAAUGCUCCACAGACAGAAAAGAAGACAACACUGCAGCAAGUGUUAGGUACUCACGAAGAGGUUUUCAAAGACGAACUUGGUACUUUGAAAGGUGCUAAAGCUACCAUCCAUGUGAAAGCUGAUGCUGUCCCACAAUACUUCCGCCCGCGGUCUGUCCCCUAUGCUAUGCGAGCAAAGGUGGAUGAAGAAAUAGACAGACUGAUAAAAGAAGGCAUAAUCACUCAAGUAAAAUGCUCAGACUGGGCAGCGCCAGUGGUCCCUAUUCUCAAACCCGGGGGAACCGUCAGACUGUGUGGAGACUACAAACUUACCGUAAACACUGUCUCCUCACUCGAACAGUAUCCAAUUCCUAGAGUGGAAGAUCUCUUCACAGCACUAUCCGGGGGUAAAAAGUUCUCUAAAUUAGAUAUGAGUCAUGCAUAUCAACAAAUACUCAUGGACGAGGAAUCCAAGAAAUACUUGACAGUGAAUACUCACCGAGGAUUGUUCACGUACAAUAGACUUCCUUUUGGGGUGGCGUCUGCACCAGCCAUUUUCCAAAGGACAAUGGAGGGUUUGUUACGUGGGAUCCCUCUCGUAGCAGUAUAUCUAGAUGACAUCUUAGUCAGUGGCUUCGACGAAGCUGAUCAUCUGAGAAAUCUGGAUGCUGUGCUGACUACGUUGAGGGAGGCUGGGUUGCGUUUGAGGAGAAGCAAAUGCACCUUCAUGCAAGAGGAGGUUGAGUAUCUGAGGCACAGAGUGGACGCGCAGGGGCUCCAACUGGUCAAGAAAAAAGUAAAAGCCAUCAUGGAAGCUCGGACCCCCACAAACGUCACAGAACUCAAGUCUUAUUUAGGUUUACAAAAUUACUACAACAAAUUCCUUCCAAACCUGGCAACCCUGCUCGCCCCUCUCCACGAACUUUUGAGACAAGAUGUGCGCUGGACGUGGAAAAAGCAGCAAGAGGAAGCUUUUCAAAAAUCAAAGGACUUGCUGAACUCAGCAGCAGUGCUGGUGCGUUACAGGGCAGACCGAGACGUGAUCCUGUCCUGUGAUGCCCCACCUUACGGGGUGGGCGCUGUGCUAUCCCAGCGGAUGGAGGAUGGAAGUGAGCGACCCGUGGGGUUCAUGUCUCGCACUUCCCCAGCGGAAAAAGGAUACUCGCAACUCGACAAAGAAGGCUUAGCUGUCAUCUUCGGCAUCCAGAAGUUCCGUAAGUACUUGUAUGGAAGCUUCACCAUCUAUACAGAUCACAAACCGCUAAUCUACCUGUUCAACGAGAAGAAACCUAUUCCACAAAUGGGUUCACCGAGAGUACAAAGAUGGGCUGUGUACCUGAGUGCGUAUGAAUACAAAAUGCUCUACAAGCCAGGAAAACAACACGCCAAUGCGGACGCAUUCAGCAGACUGCCAGUGCCGGAGACAGGACAGGAGGGUGACACCACGGAACAAGUCUUGAUGAUGGAUCUACUGGAUGACACACUCCUGGACACUAACCAGAUCAAGCGCUGGACAGCUAAGGAUGUCACACCAUCGCGAGUUCAUGAGUACGUCCUGAAAGGAUGGCCGGCCGAGACAGAGACUCAACUCAAGCCGUAUCAUCAGAGGAGAAGGGAGUUGAGUGUGAGAGAUGGUUGUGUGCUCUGGGGAGCUAGAGUAAUCAUACCGACCAAAGGCAGAGACACCAUACUGAAGAUACUACACCAGACACACGCAGGGAUGACGAGAAUGAAGGGGCUCGCCAGAUCGUAUGUGUGGUGGCCUGGUAUGGAUCGGGAUGUGGAGAAGGAGGAUCAGUCAUGUGAGGAGUGUCAAACACACCAGAAGGCACCACCCGCCGCACCGUUACACCCCUGGGAGUGGCCGGAGGAGCCUUGGUCCAGGAUUCAUGUGGACUACGCAGGACCUUUCAUGGGAGAAAUGUUCCUACUGAUCGUGGACGCAGAUUCAAAUUGGAUGGACAUCUACCCCGUGAAAUCAGCCACAUCACAAGCGACAAUCGAGAAACUGCGUCAGAGCUUCAGUGUCUUUGGACUACCAAAAAUGCUAGUUUCAGAUAAUGGAACCUGUUUCACGAGCGCAGAGUUUGAGUCUUUCAUGAAACUGAAUGGAAUACAUCAUGUGAAGUCAGCAUCGUUCCACCUUUCCUCGAACGGGCUAGCAGAGAGGGCAGUGCAAACUUUCAAGGGGGGGGGGAUGAAGAAGAUGAAAAGAGAUACACUGCAGACCCGACUGUCAAGACACCUGUUCAGUUAUCGCAUCACACCUCAUGGGACUACAGGCUUGUCACCUGCAGAGCUGAUGAUGUCACGCCGACUCAGAUCCACUCUCGACCUGCUCACACCAGAUGUGAAAACAAAAGUGCAGCAAAAGCAAAUGAAACAGAAACAAGCCCACGACGGACACACCAAACUGAGGAGUUUUGCACCUGGAGAUGAAGUAUUCAUUCGGAACUACUCCUACGGUCCCAAAUGGAUCCCCGCCGUCGUCGAGAGCUCAUCAGGCCCAGUGUCCUAUACUGUCACUGUUGGAAGUGGUCAAAUCAUGAAGAGGCAUGUGGAUCAAGUUCGAACCAGACUGACACACACUGCGCCUAGUGAGGUGACUGGACGAGACCUGGUGCCAGUGGUGAGCACUGAGGGAGGUUCUACGGGCCUUGUACCUACAGCAUUGGAUGUGAGUGAAGAACCACCUACAAGUGAGUUACCGGAGCCGCCGCCUGCUUCUGAAGUGCAGAAGAGACCGGACUUACCUGUGGUGGCUGAGGCCGAUGGACUGGACUGGAAACGCGAGCUACGAAAAUAUAUCACCAUCUACAGAGCCAUCGAUCAUCCAACAGGCAAGAGUCCAGCCGAGCUAAUGUUCGGUUGCAAAAUUAGAGAGAAGUUGCCAGAUCGUUCCACAACACAAAAUGACUUGGACGUGCACGACCGCAAUGCUGAACAGAAAGGAAAGGCCAAGAUACACUAUAUUGUGGACCCUGGAGGUCGCUAUGUAUAUGCAGAUGAGCGCCGCAGAGCAAAACCCUCAGACAUAGAAGUAGGAGACCAAGUACUCCUAAAGCAAGAGAAGGUAGAUAAGUUCACUACACCUUUCAACAAAAUCCCGCACACUAUCAUCAACAAAACAGGAAACCGUGUGAUUGUUCAGUCUCCAACAGGCGCCAGGUAUUCAAGGAACACCACCUGUGUAAAGAGAUACCUCCCUCUACCUGAAGACCCAGCCCCGCUAGCACAGGAUGCUGCACACCUGCAAAAGGAUGAGAACAGUAGCCCCACAAUGGAGCCCCAAAAGAUUCUCGAGCUGGAAACACGCUCCAAAGAGCAAGCCAAAGGUUAG